AUGAGUCAAAAGAAACUUCAGCAGCGUAGCAGCGUCAUCAGGCACGCCAACCUCAACGGAGAGGACGGGGUGGAGCAGACGGCCAUCAAGGUUUCCCUGAAAUGUCCAAUCACCUUCCGGCGAAUACAGCUUCCAGCGAGAGGCCACGACUGCAAACACGUUCAGUGUUUUGAUUUGGAAUCGUAUUUGCAACUGAACUGUGAGCGGGGGACAUGGCGAUGUCCAGUGUGCAAUAAAACAGCGUUGUUAGAAGGCCUCGAGGUGGACCAGUACAUGUGGGGAAUCUUAAACGCCAUCCAGAAUUCGGAGUUCGAGGAGGUGACGAUCGACCCGACGUGUAGCUGGCGGCCGGUGGCGAUCAAAUCCGACAUCCACAUUAAAGAGGAUCCGGACGGACCGCUGGCCAAGAGGUUUAAGACAAUGAGCCCCAGUCAGAUGAUCAUGCCCAACGUGAUGGAGAUGAUCGCUCAGCUCGGACCGGGGCCGUCGCCGUACCCGUCGCUACCUGCUCAGCAAGGAGGCAACAACAGCGAAUACAGCAGUCAAGGCAACAGUUACCAGGGACACGGGAACUUCGACUCCCCCACGGUAACCCCGGUGCGACGUCGAUGA